GGAUAAUACAUAUAAUAAUAACCAAACGGGUUGGGGAUUUGUAUCAUAUCCAGAAAGAUUGGAACUGAAUCAGAAGUGAAUUUAAGAUCUUAUGGUGUAUUUAGGACGCUUUUCCUACAACGUGACGAAGUGGUCAAGUUAAUUCAUAUAUGAUUGACCUUACUUCUACAGAUAGCACGUCGCCUAUGCAAAGCUUUGGAUAUUCUGUAUCUAAGAGCACAAAGCGUCAAAUUCCAUUUCUUGAGCAACUGUAAUCUUACAUGCUUUAAAUUAGCAACGGCUAAUCACCAGCAGGUUGCUUUCUCUGGUAACAUUGUCCGUCUCUGCUCGGGAGUCAGCUUUAAAAAAAGAAACAUGGCAUAUUUUCUGUCUUCUCAACUGAAUACAAGACUGAAGCCUCUGACACUGAGGACUACCUCUGCCUGGUCCGCGCUGUCUGCAAAUCAUCGACCAUACAGCAGUAAAUAUGAAGGGUCCGAAUACUUGCAUAGAAGUAUUGUUCCUACUAUGCAUUACCAGAAAAGUUUACCAAGAUUGCCAAUUCCAAAGCUGGAGGUCACAAUACAGAGAUAUUUGGCAGCUCAGAAACCCCUGUUAAAUGAGGAACAGUACAGCAAAACAGAGAAACUUGCUCACGAAUUCCAGAAUGGUGUUGGCAAGCAGUUACACGAGGAGCUUGUGGCUCAGGACAAAGCGAACAAGCACACCAGCUAUAUUUCAGGUCCAUGGUUUGACAUGUACCUGUGUGCCCGUGAAUCAGUGGUUUUAAAUUUUAAUCCUUUCAUGUCAUUCAACCCUGACCCCAAACCUGAGUACAAUAACCAGCUUAUUCGGUCUGCUAACAUGGUGUGUUCUGCGGUUCGUUUUAUGAAGACCCUACGUGCUGGAAUCCUUGAACCAGAGGUCUUUCACCUGAACCCCGCUAAAAGCAACACUGAUUCAUUUAAGAAGUUCAUCCGAUGGGUGCCCUCCUCCAUCUCAUGGUUUGGAGCUUACAUGGUGAAUGCCUAUCCACUGGACAUGUCUCAGUACUUCCGUCUCUUCAACUCUACACGGAUCCCCAAACCCAAUCGGGAUGAGCUUUUCACUGACGAGAAAGGUCGCCAUGUGCUUAUCAUGAGAAGGGGGAAUUUGUAUAUAUUUGAUGCACUGGAUAGGGAUGGUAAUCUGGUGAAACCUACAGAAAUCUUGUCACACCUCAAGUACAUUCUUGCAGACGCAACACCAGCUCCUGCUUUUCCUCUGGGUCUUCUGACGAGCGAGAACAGGGAUGUUUGGACGGGACUAAGAGAAAAGCUUCUUCAAGCAGGUAAUGGUGAGGCUCUUGGUUUAGUGGACAAUGCCCUGUUUUGCCUGUGUCUUGAUGAGGAACAAAUGCGUGAUCAUAUACAUAUCUCCCACAAUAUGCUUCAUGGGGACGGCUGCAACCGCUGGUAUGACAAAUCGUUCAGUAUCAUCAUGGCCAAAGAUGGACAAGCAGCCAUUAAUUUUGAGCACUCUUGGGGUGAUGGUGUGGCUGUCCUCCGUUUCCAAAAUGAAGUCUUCAAAGACACCACAGAGACACCACAGAUCAGUCUUGGUACUCAACCUGCUGCUGUAGAUUCAGCUUCUGCUGUCCGGAAACUGGAAUUUAAGCUAACCCCGGAAUUGGAGCAAGGAAUAAGAAAAGCCAAAGAGAACUUCCAAGCUGCUGUGUCGAAGCUUACUAUUGAUGCCAUGGAGUUUAAGAAAGGGGGGAAAGAGCAGCUGAAAAAGAAAAAGCUUAGCCCUGAUGCUAUUGCACAGCUGGCUUUCCAGAUGGGAUUCCUGCGUCAGUACGGGCAGACCGUAGCUACGUACGAGUCCUGCAGUACUGCAGCUUUCAGACAUGGCCGCACAGAGACCAUCCGGCCUGCCAGUAUAUACACAAAGUGCUGUGCCCAAGCCUUUGUUCAGCAGCCUGGUCAGCACAGCGUGGAGCAGCUCACAGGUUUGCUAAAUGACUGCUCCAAAUACCACGGUCAGCUCACGAAAGAGGCAGCCAUGGGACAAGGAUUUGAUCGGCAUCUUUUUGCCUUACGCUACCUUGCAAAUUCCAAAGGAAUGCCUAUACCAAGUCUGUACCAGGACCCGGCUUAUGCAGCUAUAAACCACAACAUCCUUUCCACCAGUACACUCACUAGUCCUGCUGUCAGCUUGGGUGGCUUUGCUCCCGUCGUCCCAGAUGGCUUUGGAGUAGGCUAUGGUGUCCAUGAUGAUUGGAUCGGUUGCAACGUUUCCAGCUACCCUUCCAGGGAUGUCCAUGAAUUUCUCAGAUGUGUUCACAAGUCCUUGGAGGACAUUUUUACUGUUCUUGAAGGAAAGCCAAUAAAAUCCAGCUAGGGUUUCUAAUGUACCUCAUUAGAGAGAUAUGGGUUUGAGAAAUCAUUAAAAGGACUCAUUUUUGAGUGCACAAAGAUAAAUGUACUCAUCAACGUAAUUUUGUUUGCAGUUGUUUGAGUAGAUCAGCUCCUCUGGACUUUUAUUUUCGCUAGACAAAUGAAUAUUUACUGUUCAUUUUGUGAUGUGUACAUCCUGUUAAAAUCUUUAGCUUUAAGUCAUAAGAAUAGCUCACUUUUUAACCAGUUAAAAGUUAUUUGCAUUGUUAGUGGUGGAAUGGGCCAUGGUUGAUACGUACAGUUCCCUUUCCAAACCACACACUUGUGUGAACUGUGGACAAAACCAUUAGAUUCAGUGUUUAAAACAGAUCUGGGCCUCAUUCCUGAAUAUGAAGAAAUUAUCUGGUGCUCAAAUCCUUAUGCGUGCAGACUCUUAUUUUCACUCGCUUGAACGCUCACCUGCCCGAUCAUGCAGGCAAAAUUCCACCUAGGCAGCGGCUUAAACUUGCAUUAUUUGACACACAGCCAAAAUAUCAGUAGUAGAACUCAAAGUAUGUGCAUCUACAAUUGAUCUUUACCUGACCUUAACUGACCACUUUUUUUUUUGCCCAAGAUGAAAAUAAAUAAUCCCGCCUCCCCAUUCACUUUGGUUCAAAGAAAGGUGAUAAUUCAUGAUUUGUUCAAAUGAAGUAUUAAAAAUAAUAAUCAUGCCUCAUAUAGCACUUACUGUUUCUAGCAAUUGAUUAUUAAAUAAUUGAGAAAAACA